GUCAUCAGACUUCUACGUUAGAGUUUUCCUUUGUCACUGACUGACAUUUUACGUGGAUAAACCUACGUCCACGAGGUCUAAUUCGCCGUCAGAAUGGUGAAUUUCUGUCCACGGUGUGGUACAAAGUUGCAUCCUGGUUUUAAAUUUUGUCCGUCUUGUGGCGAUAAACUCCCAACAGAAGAGCCAGCAGAACCUGAAACUUCACAACCAUCAGAUCCGUUUUCAGACUCUGUGCUUCAUCCUGCGGGCGUUAAAGAAGGUAAAUUUUUAAGUCCUGCUGAGGACUCCCACAUUGCACUGAUUCACCCAUAUUUGCGUUCACCACGACGAAAGGCCUUGAGUGGCACACCCACAGAAACUGUAGAAUGUGCAGAUAAGGUGUCUUUGUCAUCUCCUAAAAUAGGGAAAGGAUCCCCUCAGGUUAAAGAACAAGAGGGAUAUCAGACUUCUUCAGUCACACUUCCAAGUCCAGGUAAGUAUUUUACGUCACCUCGAAAACAUAAGACUUCCCCCCAGAUUAAGGACGAGGAGGCAAAGCAAACCUCUUCUGUUAUAUUGCAAAGCCCAGUUAAAUGCAAAUCCAGGAAGCAGGUGUGUGCUGUUGAGCCUAUUCUGGAAGGCACAGUGGUUUGUGACCAAAAGUGGAAGCUGGUAGAACUGUUGUGGCAAACAGAUUUAGACAUUACUUAUGCAGUGUGCCCGGCUAAUCAGCACUUGGACUCAAAUGGAUGCAAACACAUCUUGAGACUGGGUGCUAAAGAAGGACACCUGUUCAAUGAGCAGAAUUUUCAUCUGAGAGCAGCCAAACCUGAUGCAGUGGAUAAAUGGUUGAAAUUGCACAAAAUGGACUUCCUUGGGAUCCCAUCCUGUGAGGGAUUUGGCCUUUACGAAUCAUACAGGUUUUUAGUUUUCCCAAGCAUGGACCAAACUCUACAGUCGGUCAUUGAUGAAGGGACUGGUUCUCUAUCUGAGAAAACUGCUCUCCAGCUGGCACUACGACUAUUGGAUUCACUUGAAUUUAUCCACGAGAAGGAGUAUGCUCAUGCAGACAUCCAUGCAGGAAAUAUUUACAUCAACACUGACAGUCACACAGAGGUUUUCUUAUCUGGCUUUGGGCAUGCAUUUAGGUUUUGCCCUGGUGGAAAGCAUGUGGAAUACCGGCAGGGUAGCCGCAUCGCUGACCAGGGUAACCUCAACUUCAUCAGCCUGGAUUCUCACAAGGGGGUUGGUCCCUCUUGUCGCAGUGACCUUCAGUCUUUAGGUUACUGCAUGUUGUCUUGGAUGACGGGCACAUUACCCUGGAGUCCCCUCACUCACACAAGCUCCACUAUUGCUACAGAAAAGGAGAGGUAUAUUUCUGAUUUCACUGGACUUGUGAGUGUCUGUUACAAAAAGAAGAAAGUUUCCAGUGCAUUACUAGAAUACUUGUCCAAUGUGAUGACCCUGCAGUACACGGAGAAGCCAGACUACUCACUUCUGAAAGCUAGGCUUCGUGAGGGCUUGCAGAAGAUGGGUGGGAGUCUAAAGGAACCGCUGGAUCUGCAGGUGAAACCAUAAUGAGAACAGUAAACAGACAUGAAAUUUGAAUGUAAUUGUUUUUAUGGGAUGUUUAAGAGAGCUUUAUGUUUUUAAAAGCAACUUUUUUUUUUUCUUUUUUUUAUUGCUGUUUUUACAAUAUUUUAACACCAAUUUUGUCUUUUUUGUCGUUUUCUUUCACUCAGUGGUGUGUAAUUGCUGUGAUAAAGCUAUUUUAAGCUGCAAAUGUGAAUAUUGCUAUUUUGCCAUUUUAUCCGGGUUUUUUUUUAUCUUGUUUUACACUCACAUUUCACUUUAUUAGCCCAUCUGCCUCCAGGUUUGGCAUUCUGAGAUGCUAUUCUGCUCCUUACAAUUGUGCAGAGUGGUUAUCUGAGUUACCGUAGCCUUUGUCAGCUUGAACCAGUCUGGGCAUCUUUCAUCAACAAGGCAUUUCCGUCCACAGAACUGCCGCUCACUGGAUGUUUCUUGUUUUUGGUACCAUUCUGAGUAAACUCUAGAGACUGUUGUGUGUGAAAAUAUCAGGAGAUCAGCAGUUAAAGAAAUACUCAAACCAGCCCAUCUGGCACGAACAAUCAUAGCACGAUCAAAUCACUGAGAUCACAUUUGUUUCCCCAUUCUGAUGAUUGAUAUUAAUAUUAACUGAAGCUCCUGACCCCAUACCUGCACGAUUUUAUGCAUUUCACUGCUGAUACAUUAUUGGCUGAUUAGGUAAUCGCAUGAAUAUGUAGGUGUACAGGUGUAUCUAAUAAAGUGCUCAUUGAGUGUAUAUUUUACACUUUUUCUUUUUUUUUUUUUUUUUUUUGCAUGUUUGGGAAAGAAAAUGUUAUGAAUAUCCUUUCUCAUGUAU